UAAACACACAGAGCAGAGCUACCCCACCACAUCUUCUCCAGCACUGAGUCCUGCAAACGGCAACAUGAGUCUGAGAACCAAGCACAGCAGACACCCUGGACUUAAGUCCUCACGAGGCUUCAGCAGCCUGUCCUUGGGAUCCUACUCCAUCCCCAAAGUCAGCACCGCUACUCAAGGAGCUCCAAUCACAGCUGUAACCAUCAACCAGAGCCUGCUCGCCCCACUGAAGGUUGAUAUCGACCCCACUAUCCAAGCUGUCCGCACCCAGGAAAAAGAACAGAUCAAGACCCUCAACAAUCGCUUCGCCUCAUUCAUUGAUAAGGUGCGAUACCUGGAGCAGCAAAACAAAAUGCUGGAAACCAAGUGGAAGCUGCUGCAGGAACAGACUGUUGGUAUCUCUCAGACCGAGCCCAUGCUCAGGACCUACACCGCAAACCUGCAGAGACAGCUGGAGCUUCUGAACCAGGACAAACAGAGACUCCAGGGGGAGAGCAGUGCCAUGCACAAACAUGUGGAUGACUACAAAACCAAGUAUGAGGAAGAGAUCAACAAAAGGAAUGAUGCAGAGAAUGAGUUUGUCCUGCUCAAAAAGGAUCUGGAUGAAGGAUACAUGGGAAAGGUGGAUCUAGCUGACAAGUUAUCUGCUCUUACUGAUGAAUUCACCUUCCUCGAGGCUGUGUAUAAUGCGGAGCUGCUGGAGCUGCAGGAUGGCCUGAAGAACACCUCAGUAGUGGUGCAGAUGGACAACUCACGCAGCCUGAACAUGGAUCAGAUUGUAUCUGAUGUUAGGGCUCAGUACGAAGAAUUUGCUGCCCAUAGCCGUGAAGAGGCUGAAAACUGGUACAAGACAAAGUUUGACCAGAUGUCUGCUGAGGCGAACCAGUAUGAGAGUGAGAAACAUAAUAUCAAGGGGGAAAUGGCUGAAAUGAAGAGAAUGAUCAGUCGCCUGGAGCAUGAGAUCGCUGCUGCAAAAGCCCAGCGUACUGCCGUUGAGAGUAACAUUGCUGAGGUGGAAAAACAAGGGCAACAAGCUGUGUUGGAUGCAAAGGACCGCAUCAAGGACCUGGAGCGGGCUCUGCAGAAAGCUAAGCAUGACAUGGCUCUGCAACUGAGAGACUACCAGGAACUCAUGAAUGUCAAGCUGGCCCUCGACAUAGAAAUAUCCACCUACAAGAAACUGCUGGAAGGAGAAGAGGAAAGACUUGGACAAAAUCGAAUUAUCAGCAUCCAAACAGUCCCUUAUAAAGUUCCUACAGUUUCUACAGUUCCUGAAGUUAAAACUCAUCAACGGCGGAGGUCAGGUCCACUUCUCAUUAAGACCGUGGAGACCCACGACAGAUCGUACAGCUAAAGUGGAAAAAAAAUAAAAAAUCCGCUGUCGACCCUGCUGGAUUACUGCAGCCUUUAAAUUCUACCUUUAUAAUACUCACUUUGUAACCUGUCAUAAGCACGCUGCAGGAAUUUGCCACGUAUUUGGUUUAUGUCUUUAUGUGUCCUCUACCUAUGUCCCAUAAAAAUAGCCUUUGCUGAGGUGAAAAUAAAUAUGCACUUAACAGCAGUAGGAUUUGUCUUCUUUUUUUUGAUUAAAAGUUAAAAAUACUUUAAAAAUUACUUUUAUUUCAACUCUGUUUUGCGUCCUCAGCAAAGAAAGAAGCAGAGUUCAACUUGGCAACAUUUAAUGUCACCCCAUCAAAAGUCAUUGGACAGUAAUGAUGUUAAUG